UCUGCUGCCCUCCUUCCUCUCUGCAAAACCUGCAUAAAGUGGCUUUUUAUUGGGGUUGAGAAGAAGGAAUCUUCCCUUUAACAUAGUGGCUUGGUAUAACAUGUCUAUGCAGCCAGUUCACUACCACUUGUGCAGAACAUUGGUUGUGAUAGCAAUUGGGAAUGUAGGUAUGGAGUCUUUCUACCUGAAGACCCCCUGUGGUUCUGCAUGUGUUUAGGGCCUUCCAUACUCACAGAGGCUAUGUAGCAGGGAUCCAGGGAAUGGGUAGCAUUUGGCACUUUGUUAUUAAAAUGAGCAGAAUCAGCUGCUGGACACCCUUUUCAAUUUCCUCGAAAAUUCAAGCCAAUAUGACUCCUGAUAAGACUAGUCUAUGGAACAUUCCAAGAUUAUCACAAGAAUUGCUUUGGUGUACCAUAAAAGAAAAAAAGAUAUAGUCAGAAUAUGGCAUGCAGAAGCAGUUUUACAGCUCCUCCCAUCGCUGCACAUAAGUGACACUGUUUACUGUUAACUUUGGAUUAUCAAUCACUGAUUGCCAGCAAAACAGAGUAGAUCUCUUCAUUCUGCAUUUGUACUCUUGAGUAGCUUUCUUUUACUGUUUUCCCAUUCAAUGAUGAGGCUGUCGGAACCAGUAUUGGACAUGGACAUGGCAAACUACAGUGAAGUCUUAGAUCCAACUUAUACUACUUUGGAGUUUGAAACUAUGCAGAUUCUGUAUAAUGGCAAUGACAGUUCUUCAGCAGAACCACUCAACAUGAACACUGCAGACAAUGGAGUCAGUGGUCUUUGUGCAAUAUGUGGAGACAGAGCAACUGGCAAACAUUAUGGUGCCUCCAGUUGUGAUGGGUGCAAGGGCUUCUUUAGACGUAGCAUACGGAAGAGUCAUGUCUAUACCUGCAGAUUCAACCGACAAUGUGUUGUUGACAAGGACAAGAGGAAUCAAUGCAGAUACUGUCGUUUAAAAAAGUGUUUUCGAGCAGGAAUGAAAAAAGAAGCUGUGCAAAAUGAACGGGACAGGAUAAGCACAAGAAGGAGCACAUUUGAUGGCAGCAACAUUCCCUCUAUUAACACUUUGUCACAAGCUGAGGCUCUUUCUCGGCAGAUCCCUGUCUCGAGUCCUGGUGCUAGUACUGACAUAAAUGUAAAGAAAAUUGCCAGUAUUAGCGAUGUCUGUGAAUCUAUGAAGCAACAGCUGUUGGUCCUUGUAGAGUGGGCUAAAUAUAUUCCAGCCUUCUGUGAACUACCAUUGGACGAUCAGGUUGCCCUGCUAAGAGCGCAUGCUGGGGAACACCUCUUGCUUGGAGCAGCAAAACGGUCGAUGGUGUACAAGGACAUUUUACUUUUAGGUAACGAUUACAUCAUCCAUCGUAACAGUUCUGAAGUCGAGAUCAGCCGAGUGGCAAACCGGAUUCUAGAUGAACUAGUCCGACCAUUCCAGGAAAUUCAAAUAGAUGACAAUGAGUAUGCUUGCUUGAAAGCAAUUGUGUUUUUUGAUCCAGAUGCAAAGGGAUUGAGUGACCCAUUAAAGAUUAAGAACAUGCGGUUCCAAGUCCAAAUCAGUUUAGAGGAUUACAUUAAUGAUCGUCAGUAUGACUCCAGGGGGAGGUUUGGAGAACUUCUGCUUCUAUUGCCUACCCUUCAGAGCAUCACUUGGCAAAUGAUUGAGCAAAUACAGUUGGUCAAACUGUUUGGAAUGGUUAAAAUUGACAGUUUGCUUCAGGAAAUGUUACUUGGGGGUACGUCUAAUGAUGCCAGUCAUCUUCAUCAUCCAGUACAUCCUCAUUUAGCUCAGGAUCCAUUAACUGGCCAAACUAUUCUCAUAAGUUCAAUGUCUGCUCCUGUACAUACAGAACAGAUCUCAACUCCAGAAACUCCAUUACCUUCCCCUCCGCAAGGCUCUGGACAAGAAUACAAAAUGUCUACAAACCAGGCUACAGUCAUAACGCAGCAAUCAAUUUUAAAACAAAAACCAUUGUGAUAUUUUUUUUAUUUUUUGUUUUGUUUUCUUUUCUUUUACAUGCACUAUAUAAAUUGUUAGGACACCUGGAUGGUGGAAACCUCAGGAUAGCAAAUUAGGCCACCCCUUGACCCAAGCAAGUACAGGGGGCUGUUCUUAUAAUUCUUCUGUUUCAAAACUCAGAAAGCAAGGUACACUAUUAUGAAUGAUGAAUUUGCUGUACACUUGGGGAUACUGGUAGUCUUACAGCAUAUGUAUAUUUUGGUAAUGCCUUUGGAUCAUUGAAUUGAACGGGUACAUUUUUAUUUCCCAUUUGUAGUUGUCAUCUUAAUAUUGUUUAUUUUAGAUCUGUAAGUAAUUUCUUCAUUGAAAUGUCACUUGGAACUAAUUGUGCUUGUUUAGCUAUGAAUGGUAGAACUUAAGACAUGGAUUAACACAAGCCAAGAGUUCAUAAAUAAUAAAAGAGCAGGUUGUUAAAUAAAACAGACGUAUUACAUUUAGAGUGAAAAUACAUAAUAGAUAGGAGGGUCUGUUUCAUUAAAAUAAAUCCUAAUGUGGGGAUACCAGGAUCUUGAAGUCUGACUAUACCACAAGAGUUAAAUGUGUUGAAUGAUAGCUGUCAUGUUUACCUAUCAGUUUAUGUGAAUAUGGUAAAAUGAGAGAACCCGCAACAUGCAGCUGUGUGCUAAAAAUGAAACAUGGGUAUAGGGAAUGACUUUGAUCAUGCACACACACUGUGUUUGCUCACAGUUGGAAUUUGUUAUGAUGAUCUAUUUACUGACUCAGAGAGAGGUUUUCAUGCUAUGCUUUCAUUCAUGAAUUAUUGACAUCACAAGAAAAUUGCUACUUCGCACAGUCUGGUUGUUCAUAAGAGAAAUGAUGUUUCCUUUAAUGGAGACUUUCUCCCCAAAAGCUGUUAAAAAGUGCCAAAUAAUGUGGUCUGUUGGGUUAUUUUAAUGAAAUAACACAUUGGAGUCAGAGAUUCAGCAAAGAGAUGUGACCUGGCCCAAAUACCUUGGUUUAUUAUAACAUCAUAAGUUCAUACAAUCAUCAUGAAGCAGCUAACUCCCUGACUCCUAAAGUGGUAUACACUCAGGUAUAAGAACUUUUUGUCCUUUUUUGCAAACAUAAAGCCACAAAACCAUGUAAAAGAAUUAGAAAAAGUUUGAGUGCUGACUUGUAAACUCAGAAUGCUUUAAUGAGAAUUCACGUAACACCAAGCAGUAUGUGUGUUCCUUUAGGGUAUUCUGCAAUAGUUGUAUUUGUAGUUAAAUCUGCAUAAAAUAGCUCUUAUUGUUCGUCUUUUGCUUUUUAAAAAGUGUUUUCUUUUUUAUUGGUUAUUUUGUAUUUUUUAUGAAUAAGCAUAUAUUGCAUUUCUCUGUGGAGCAAUAACGUUUCCUUUCUCGUAUCCUUUAUGAUAUGUAUGAUUCAUGUUUUGAUGGCCUUGAUUGUACUCUCUUCGAUGCCUAGGGAAGGUUUGCAAUUAAUUUCAAUGGAAGCAGGGUUGUGUCCCUUGUACGCAAAUGGGACCAUAGACGCCGACCGCAUGGGUGCUCCAGGGCUAGAGCACCCAGAGAAAACAAAAUAGUGGGUGCUCAGCACCUACCAACCGCCCCACAGAUCAACUCCUCCCCCUUCCUUCAGUGCCUCCUGCCCACCAGUGGACCCUGAGGAUCAGCUCCUCCCCUUUUCCCCCCAGUGCCUCCCGCCUGCCAGUGAUCAACUGUUCAGCAGCAUACAGGAGGAGAAGGAGUGGGGGUAGGAGGAGGUGGGGUGCAAUGCAAUAUAUGCUUGAGGGAAGGGGUAGAGUGGGGGCAGGACCUGGGGCGGAGUGGGGGGCCAGCACUCCUGGGGAAAUCACAAAGUCGGUACCUCUGUAUGGAACUGAGUCAUUUUUGAAACUAUAAUGUAGCUUUUAGGUGCUGAUAGGUGCUGAACACAUGCAACUCCCAUUUAAGUGACCAUACCUAUUCCUACUCCCACUGAAGUCCAUGGCAAAGCUCCAUUGAGGUCAGUGGGAACAGGUUCAUGCCUACUGACUUGAAUGUGCCAAAUAUUUCAUGAUUGAGGUCUCACCCUGUUUGGGUUCAUUCUGUAAUUUUCCCAGGUACGCUUUGUGAAUGCCUCUAUAACUGACGCAGAGCACAGCUUAUUGUGUUUGUCUAAAAUACAGUGUAAGAACCAGAGAAUGUACAAUAGAAUGUUUUCACAAACUGCCAGAAUGUACUGGAUAAAAACAUAUACUGUAGUAUUUUAUCUUACUAAAGGAUGUUAUCUAUUUUAUACAGUACAUUGCAUUUUUUCAAAUAAGGAAAACACUACUGUAAUUUAUUGGGAUAUGAUGAUUUAUUUUAUAAAUGUAACAUUAUUUUUGUAAACUUAAUUAUGCAAAAAUCAAAAAUGAUUAGCUUUGUUAAACCUUAAAUUAUAUUAAAAUGAAAUCUCCUAUAUGUCUGAA